UACCGCUUUACUCGCGUGAAAUGCUACUCCUGCUGACACCUGAAUUUUCUGACCUUCUGAUCAGAGAUCAACAGCUCAUGUCCGGAGUACGUCGUAUAUUGUUUGAGUUGGAUUGGAUCAUCCUACCUUCCAACGGCAGUGAUCGCGUCCCUAGCCGCGCGGCGACCGUUCUCGCGCACAAGUACAGAAAUGGGUGCCUGGAAUGAAUUCUCGGCACCAUCACACAAGUCAUCGGCCUCUCGCCAUGCACACAAAACAUUUUGUUUCCCCCUAACACCGCCGGCGUUGACCACGUCACUACCUACAAACCCUCCAACGUAUCCUACACUCCAUUUGCAGACACGAAUCACUUAUCUUAUCUCCCUCCGCGUGCUGCCAAGUUCUUGAUUACAAACCAAAAAAAAAGUUCUAGUUGGCCUUGGGCCGUGCGGCCGUUCGUGUCCAUCCAUGUCGAGCCCUCCGUCGCCACCGGUGCCCGACGGCGGCGGGCCGAGCCCGUUCGUGAACCGGCAGCAGCGGCAGGAGCAGGAGCAGCUGCAGCAUCCGGACUACAGCUUCAGCGGCCGCGUCCUGCUCACGGCCGUCGUCAUCCUCGCCAUGCUCACCGUCGUCUUCGUCCUCAUCCGCCUGCUGCUGUACCAGUUCGUGGCGCGCGGCCGGGGCAGCCUGACCCUGGGCGUCCGCCGCUCCUUCGGCAGGAGGAGCGUCCGCCACGGGCUCGACGCGUCCGCGCUCGCCGCGCUGCCGGUUACCACGUACCGCGUCCGCAGGGCGGACGGCGGCGGCGGCGAUGGCGACGGGUCGUCGGCGUCGGCGGCUGCGGCGGACUGCGCGGUGUGCCUGUCGGAGCUCGCGGACGGCGAGAAGGUGCGCGCGCUGCCGGACUGCGGCCACGUCUUCCACGUCGACUGCGUCGACGCGUGGCUGCGGUCCCGGACCACGUGUCCGGUGUGCCGGGCCGAGGUGCGGCCCAAGGCGACGGCGGGAAUCGACGCGCGCCCGUCGCCGCCUCCGGCGUUGAUCGGUGCGGCGGGGGCCACGUUGGUCGUGACCGUGGAAGGCGGCGGCGCCGCGGAGACCGGGGACGCGCGCCGCACGUCCGUGCUGGGCUUCGGUCAACCGUCCGGUGCCGUAGGGUAGAAUCAGCGAAAACGACGGUGCACCUGAUUAGCCCUUGUUUAGUGUGUGCGUGUAUAUAUACGAAUCAUAUUAAUACAUGUAAUUAGAAUCAUUGUGUACUACUUUAUCUUUGUGUGAAGAUGCAUGAUACCUUGUUAAGAGCAUCUCCAAGAGCUUGGCUAAAAUGAGUAGCUAAAUUCUAAUGUUUA